GGCAGAAAAAAGUCUUUUGCUCGCUGUUGAGUACCACAGCCACACAGAUUUUACACAUAAUCAGAGCCAGUCGAGUUUUGUGUAUAAAAUUCGAAAUUUUAAACUUAGUUGUACCAUUCAGUUAUGAGUCAUGUCGUACAAAAUGAUGUUCAUGGUCUAGGGCAGCGAGUGGCUUCUCUGGACUUGAACAAGCAAGGACAACAAGGAGAUAGUAAAUACGUACCUCCGCAUUUAAGAGGAAAACAAGGCUUUGCUGGGCCAGCUUACUUCGAGGGGCCACAGGGUGGUGGCCCCCCUCAAAGAGAUUUUAAUCGUGGGUAUCAAGGUGGCUAUAAUCAAGGUGGCUACAACAACUAUCGUGGUGGUGGUGGUGGUGGUGGCGGUUACAACAAUUAUCGUGGUGGUGGCGGAGGUGGCGGUUACAAUAACUAUCGUGGAGGCGGUGGCUAUAACAAUUAUAACCAAGGCUAUCAGAACAACUACAAUCGACGAGGUGGCAAUCAAGGAAAUUUUUCUUGGCAUUCUGAGCGAGGAGCAAGAUGGGAGAGUGGGGAUUAUAACAACACUCCUGAAGAUUGGUCGACACCAGGACCAAGGAACGAAAGGCUGGAAAGUGAGCUGUUUACAUCCGUGCAGUCAGGUAUAAACUUUGACAAGUAUGAAGACAUUCCAGUCGAAGCGACUGGCAGCAAUGCACCAAAUGGUAUUGAAACUUUUGAAGAAGCUAAUUUGGGAGAAAUUAUUACAAAAAAUAUUGAGCUUGCGCAAUAUUCUAAACCUACACCAGUCCAAAAGCAUUCUAUCCCAAUAGUUAAGGCAAAGCGAGAUUUAAUGGCUUGUGCCCAAACAGGUUCUGGCAAAACAGCUGCAUUUUUAGUUCCUAUUUUGAGUCGUAUCUAUGAAGAGGGCCCAUUUGAAGGAGCUAGUAAUAAUCGAUCUGGUGGUAGAAGAAAACAAUUCCCAAUUGCAUUGGUCCUGGCACCAACACGUGAACUAGCUUCUCAAAUCUAUGAUGAAGCCAGAAAAUUCGUUUACCGAUCUUGCAUUCGACCCUGUGUUGUUUAUGGGGGAGCUGAUGUUGGUACCCAGAUGAAAGACAUUGACCGUGGUUGUCACAUUAUUGUAGCAACACCAGGUCGACUAGUUGACAUGGUGCAAAGGGGAAAGAUAGGUCUUGAGUGUAUUAGGUUUCUUUGUCUGGAUGAAGCUGAUCGUAUGUUGGACAUGGGUUUCGAGCCACAGAUACGUGAGAUUGUAGAAAAAAAUGACAUGCCACCCACUGGUACAAGACAGACACUUAUGUUUAGUGCUACUUUUCCCAAGGAAAUUCAGAUGUUGGCUAGAGAUUUUCUGGAUAAUUACAUUUUUCUGGCUGUUGGACGAGUUGGCUCAACCAGCGAGAACAUUACCCAAAAAGUGGUAUGGGUAGAAGAACAUGAUAAAAGGGAAUUUUUGCUCGAUUUAUUGAAUGCUUCAGGACCCGAUUCAUUAACACUGGUGUUUGUGGAGACGAAGCGAGGCGCGGAUGCAUUGGAGGACUUCUUGUAUCGCUGUCCAGAGCAAUAUCGUGUAAGCUCUAUUCAUGGUGACAGGCAUCAGAGGGAAAGAGAACAAGCACUUUCCUCAUUCAGAUCUGGUGCCACACCCAUUUUGGUUGCAACUGCUGUUGCUGCACGUGGCUUGGACAUUCCAAAUGUAAAGCACGUGAUUAACUUUGAUAUGCCAAGUGAUAUUGAGGAGUAUGUUCAUCGCAUUGGACGUACUGGCCGUGUUGGCCAUACCGGACUUGCAACAUCAUUUUACAAUGACAAGAACAGAAACAUUGCGCGUGAUUUAAUCGAUAUCUUAUCUGAAGCAAAACAGGAAGUUCCCUCUUGGUUAGAAUCUAUGGGAUACCAAGCCCAACAACACCAAGCUGCUAAACGAGCCCAAAAAAGCAGAUAUGGUGGUGGCGGCUUCGGUGGUAGAGAUUACAGACAGUCAGGAGGUCGGGGAGGUGGUCACCAUGGUGGUAACAACUUGUAUAGCCAACCACCUGCAAUGCAUUAUGGAGGCAACCCAUAUGGUGGCUUUACCCACUACAAUCCACCCAUGAUGCAACAGCAAAGCGGAUACCGUGGUGGUGGUGGUGGUGGUAGUCGUGGUGGUAAUCGUGGUGGAGGCGGCCGCAAUACCACUGACGACUGGUGGGACAAAUAAACUGUGCACCUGUGAAGAAACGAAGAGUCAUCGAUGUUUUUAAUCAGUGCACUGUUGAUGAACUCCAUAUAUUAUUAACACAUAGGAAUCGUCGUCUAGUUGUUUGUUUUGUUCAGAGGAGCUUAUAUGGUUGUUUCAUUGGCGUGUCCCAUUUUGCUUGCUUGUCCUGCUUACCAUUCACGCGGUUUUGUAUGCAACCAAGAGUUUUGGUUUUACUUAAUAGUUCAUAAAAAGGUCUUAUUUGUUGGAAGAGGAGAGGAGAAAACGAUCUUGCGAACUUUAAAAAACGAUGUUCUUGAAUAACAGCAAGUUCUGCAUACUGUUUAUUUUUAUCUUGACUUCGUCGAGAUGUUAUUGUUGAUAUAAAGCUACUGCUCGAUAAAAAAAAAUGUUUAUUAUGAAAAGUUUCUGUUUUCUUUUCGACAAGCGUCCAGAGGACGAAAACUUAAAAAGGUGAUAAUACCUUCAUUGUAAAUAUGUAUGUAUACACGAAGUCCUUACACAUACCAAUGAAGGUAGUCGUGAAUUUACGUUUUUUCAAAGCAUGAACUUUAUUGCACUAUGUUUAGUUAUUCUAAUUGGUUAUAUUCGCGUUCGAAAUCUGUGGUAAUGGUGAAUGACUAUUGACACAUUCUGCACGUUACGUGCGAGUGUUUCCAUGUGUCUAAGUACUCACUCAUAAUCAAAUAGUCACUGAUGGUCGCAUAGUCACUCGCUAUUAUCAAAGUUGGUAAGAGAAGCACGGACUUUCCAUCGAUAACUGUCGAUGAAGUAUAUGCUUACUAUUUUUUAUACCUGUGCUGUUAGAUAACAGUUUUUAAAAAGUGUUAUUUAUAGAAAUGUUAUUAAAACGCGAAUAUAUAUUUAUUUUGUUUACUAAAUUAGAACUAAACAAGAAGAGAACGCAUAUAUUGACAUUUCGAUCACUUUCAACUGAUUUUAAAAAUUAUCCGUGUGCUGCUCGUUGGGAAAUAAAAAAUAAGAACCUAAACUUAGUGAAUUUACGUUCUUUAAAAGCAUGAACUUUAGUGUUUUGAACAUAGUCAAUCACUGUUGUUGCAGUUCGAGAAAGAAAAUCAAAACGAUAGGAGAUCGUGUUCUGUUGUCAAUAUUAUGCUUUUUUAUGAGAAAAUUAUUUUAGUAGCUAGUAGGUAUUAUACAAUGACUUCAAGAUAAAAAUGAAGCAUCGAUGCGGAGUCUGUAGAAGACAAUGUUUCGUGUUUUUUGUAUGUAUGUGGAUGAACGACCGGUCUGGUCUAAAACCGAACAGACGUUUUUUUAUGUAGUCUUGUUAUUAGCUUUUCCAAUUUUGCUAACUGCUUUCCCUUUUCCUUUUUUUUUUACACUAUCUUUAUUAUUCGAAUUGUCUUUCAAACGUUUUCCUUAGCCCUGAAGUUUCUUUUGUGUUUCUGCUUCAUUCAACGAACGCUUCUGUUGUCGUUAAUCAGUAAGAAAAAACGUUUUGUUUUUCUUCUUUCAAGAUUUAGGUAAAUUUUUAAAUUCUUGUAUUAAACCAGGAAGCUCCUUGUUAACAAAAAAUAAAUUAUUUGUUGAUGAA